AUGACCAAGUCGAUUUUGUCCAUAGUGUGGAUAGCAGGACCCAUUUCAGGGCUGGUGAUGCAGCCAGUUAUUGGCGUUUUGUCGGAUAACUGCACUUCGCAGUACGGGAGGAGGCGGCCGUAUAUGGUGGUGGGGUCGCUGAUGGUUUCGUUUGGUUUAGUUAUCAUGGCAUGGGCCAAAGAUAUAGCCGAUUUGGUGUUUACUGGCCAUGCUGCAAAGAUGGUUGCACUUGUAAUUGCGACAUUUGCGAUCUUUCUCACCGACUUCUCGAUCAAUGCUGUCCAGGCUUGCUGUAGAGCUAUUAUAGUGGAUACGCUUCCUCCAGAAAGCCAGGAGCUAGGAAACGGAUGGGCAGGCAGAAUGAUUGCCAUUGGACAUUUGAUUGGCUAUUUCUGUGGAGCCAUAGACCUUGUCAGUGUCACAGGAGGCUGGCUAGGAGACACACAGCUCAAAGAGCUGGUGAUUAUAUCAGCUCUGGCGUUGCUGAUUACUGUCAGUAUCACCAGCUUUGCAGUAACAGAAAGAGUUCUUUUAGCUAGUAAUGAAGGAGGAGAUCAAAGUGAAGAUGGUCAGGAGGACAAUGGCGCAUUCAAAAGCGGUAGUGGUGCAAGUAUUAAAGCUCGACUGCUGGUCAAGUCGGUGUUGGAUGUGUUUAUUACGUUACGAGAGACGAUAUGGAAAUUACCACCUACAAUUGCCCUUAUUUUUAAAGUUCAACUGUGUGCGUGGUAUGGCUGGUUCGGGUUUCUUUUCUACUCGUCGACCUGGGUUGGCGAGGUUUAUUUCGGCCAUGUUGGACAUGACGACCUCGAUACCACCGACCCUGUAGGAGAUAUGGCACGACAGGGAGCUACUGCGCUGGUAGUAUUUUCGUUUGUAUCAUUGGCAUCGUCAUUAAUAUUUCCAGAACUCAUUGGUAAGUCCAGUUCGGUCGUGCCUAUGAUUCGCCGUCAUUCAUCGCCUAGUUUGAAUACAAGUACAUCUAGGAUUGUGGUUUUAUUCUACUCAUUGCUGUCAUUACUUCUAGUACCCGUGAAACUAGUACUGGAGUCGGGACAGAAAGUGUUUGAAACGUUUAAUAUCGAACUGCCGGAUCUGUGGUUUGCAGCACAUAUCGUGUACGCCAUAGCCACAUUUUCGUCUGCUUUCGUAGUGAAUGUCAAGCAGGCCACAUGUGUAGUUGCACUGUGUGGAUUUUCAUGGGCCAUUACCACCUGGGCACCGUUUGCUUUAUUAGGAGAGGAGAUUCUUCAAUUUGAUGGAUCAAAGUCAGUGCUUCCCGUAUCAGAAGACAGCGAUACCGAGCCACUACCAGAGGACAAUCUUAUCGGCGGUGAAAGCUCGACCAACCCGGCAUUCCCCAAAGGAUCUAAAGAUUCCGACUCGGCACAGGCAGGAGUUUACUUAGGAAUCCACAACGUGGCCAUCACAGUUCCACAGCUGGUUGCCACCUUUGUAUCGUUUCUCAUAUUCAGCUUCGCACAAACCACUGCCACCGAGACCAGUCUCAAGACACGGAGCGGAGCGACUGUUGAAGAUGGGCCCGGCGAUGGCGGGCUCGCUAUUGCCCGAACACUCCAAGUCGGCAGUCUCACUGCGCUUCUAGCAGCAUAUUACACCCGUCGCUACAAGAAAGCACGGGCGGCAUCUCGCGAUAUUUAA